AUUGCGGUUCGGUUUUCGGUUUUAAAAUUUCACCCCCACCACCGAGUAACGAAUCUCUGUCAACUUGUAGAACACCGCUAGACAUUACCCCACGCUUUCACGAUACAAGUUUAAAAUACCACAAGUAUCAUCUCUACACGCUCAAAUUAGGCCAAGCAGCAGAUAAUACAGUAACAAAUUAGGCUCCUUUUCACCCUCAGAAGCCGUCAGUCCACCGGCCGCUGGAUCGGGUUUCAUUCCUCAGCCCGAAACCCGAUCACAGCCCGGAAACCGUCGCCAGGCCCGAAUCGGCCCUCGGAACACGGUGCGUGAUAUUUAGUCGGUGUAGUCUACAACCAGAAGUAACGAGCCGCAGUCGAGAGGCGCCGGUCAUUAAUCGCCUUUUAUUCUAUUUCCAAAUUUCAAGGUUUCCCGAAUUUGUUAAUUAACAGUUAGAAUGACAAAAUAUGGGAUCAUUGGAGUUGGGAUGAUGGGAAGAGAGCAUCUCAUUAAUCUUUACCACCUAAAGAAUGAAGGUGUUGUCGUGGUCGCUAUAGCCGAUCCCCACGUGCCUUCCCAAAACCAAGUCUUGAAUCUUGCAAACUCGUUCGAUUGGCCAAUUCAGGUCUUCUCCAGUCAUAAGGCGCUGCUGGAUAGUGGGAUAUGUGAUGUGUUGAUUAUUUCAACUCCAAACAUGACUCACUUUGACAUAUUGAUGGAUAUUAUCAGUCACCCAAAACCCCACCAUGUCUUGGUGGAGAAGCCACUCUGCACAACUGUUGCAGACUGCAAAAAGGUCAUAGAUGCUGCUGCAAAGAGACCAGAUGUUCUAGUACAAGUUGGGUUAGAAUACAGAUAUAUGCCGCCUAUCGCUAAAUUGAUUGAUUUGGUGAAAGAUGGAGUUUUGGGACGAGUCAAGAUGGUUUCCAUUCGUGAACAUCGAUUCCCGUUUCUAGUCAAGGUCAACAAUUGGAAUAGGUUCAACUGUAACACCGGCGGUACACUCGUGGAAAAAUGCUGCCAUUUUUUUGAUCUAAUGAGGUUAUUUGCCGGUGCCAAUCCAGUCCGUGUCAUGGCAUCUGGUGGCAUUGACGUAAAUCAUAAAGAUGAAAUAUAUGAUGGAAAGGCGCCAGAUAUAAUCGACAAUGCAUAUGUAAUUGUUGAAUUCGAAAAUGGUGCUCGGGGUAUGCUUGAUCUUUGUAUGUUCGCUGAAGGCAGUAAAAAUGAACAAGAGAUAUCUGUUGUUGGUGACAUUGAGUUGCCCCUGGUAUUUCUGCGUGACAUUUAUUUAGUCGAUGAAGUUGAUGGAGUUACAAAAGAGCCAUCUGGUGAGGCGUUUGUACCAGAGAGCAUUGUUCGUUGGGGAACGCGAGUAGAAGGGCGAGAUGGCGUUAAAACACUGAAAGCUGAGGAUGUUCGCAUAAAAUACGAUGGACUGCAUCAUGGUUCUAGCUAUUUGGAACAUCUUCAAUUUUUGUUUGCAAUUAGAGCAAAUGGUGCUCAAGCUCCAGCUGUGAAUUUGAAAGAUGGACUGAUUUCGGUUGCAAUAGGAGUUGCUGCGCAACUGUCAAUCGAGAAGGGUCAACAACAACAAGAAGCAUAUGCAUAUGCAUAUGCACCUCUCUCUACACUCCUUCCCUAUGACGGUCGGGGACCCACACAAAAUACUCCUCUAAACACAACAUACCUUUUCCCCCCAACAGCUCCUAAUUUCCCGGCCACCACACAACCACAACCACCACCACCACCACCACCCUUCCCACCUUGCUCCACCAUUACUCAACCAAAUGCUUAUCCCCCACUCUCUACUACCAACUACCCUGCCCAGCCACCAUCAGGCUACCCUUCACCGGCCAACAACUCACACCCUCCCACUGCUUAUCCAACAGGUCAGCAUAGUGGAAACUACAGUACUCCACCUACAUCUGCCUAUCCGCCGACGCAGGCUAAUCCUACAAUCACAGCGCCACCUUAUUCCGCCGCAAACUACACAAUGGCCCCAACGGUUUAUCCAUCGCAGCCACCCACUUCCGGAGCCUACCCUCCCCGCUAUUAGCGGCGAAACUAAGUAUUAAUAAUGUUAUCCUUAAUUAUAUAUGUUUUUUGUACUGUUGAGCGAUCGCUUCGUUUGACAAGUUUUAAAGUGUGGAGAAAGAGGGUCGUUGAUACUUUUCAAUUGCCCGGACUCCAAUUAUGGAUUUAUGGCCAGAUCAAACUGCUUUCCGUUUCAGAAUUAUUUGUGUUGCAAUGAAUUUCUAAUUUGUGGAUAUUGUUAUGAAAUAAUAAAAUAAUGUAUGUGAAUGACUAUUUUGCCCUCGAUGUAUUUGUAUUAUUACAAAUUGUGCCAUCAGGAGUUUCCUAUAAAUAGG